AUGAGCUCGAGCCAGGCACCACAGCAGCAGCAGCAGCAGCAAGUGGCGGAUGGGUUGAACAGCGCUGAGCCGGUGAAGCGCCCGCGGCACCCACCGUGGUACCCGCCGGUGUGCGACGACGGCAAGGGCGUGCGUGUGCUCAACUCUCUCACGGAGUGUGUGGAGCCGUUCGCGCCACGCGAGGGGCGGUUGGUGCGGUGGUACACCUGCGGCCCCACCGUGUACGAUAUCUCGCACAUGGGCCACGCCCGCGCGUACCUCACAUUUGACAUCCUGCGCCGCAUCAUGGAGGAUUACUUUGGCUACAAGGUGGUGUACCAGAUGAACAUCACCGACAUCGACGACAAGAUCAUCAAGCGGGCUCGCAUCGGCGCGCUGCUGAAGAAGUUCCGCGAGGAAACACUCCAGGGGCGCGAUGUGGCGCAGCUCAGUGCCUUCACAACGGAGGCAACGGCAGCAGCAGAAAAGGCACUCGCGUCGACGCGCCGCAAAUUGUCAGAGCCGCUCCCUGAGGGCACGCCUAGUCGUGCACGGGCUGAGCGGGAGGAGAAAUUGAUGGAGCUCGCCCUAAAAGAGUCCCAGUUCGGCGAGACGAAGGAGCGCAUUGCGGCGGCAACGGCGACGGGCAACUUUGACACCCUCUUUGAUGUGGCGGCUGGAGUCAACGGUGACCUCCUGGAUGAGCGCGAGGGCCACGGUGUGACGGACCAGAGCAUCUUUGAGAACCACGCCCGGCUGUACGAGCGCCUGUUCUUUGAGGACAUGCGACGUCUCGGCAUCCGCGACCCCGACGUCGUCACGCGUGUCACGGAGUACGUGCCGCAGGUGAUUGAGUUCAUCGAGAAGAUCAUGGCGAAUGGCUUCGCGUACCGCGGUGCGAGCUCCAUCUUCUUCGACACCGCCGCCUUCGCCGCAGCGGGGCAUGAAUACCCGAAGCUAAAGCCCGUGAGUGAGCGUGAGGAGUGCAACACGACAGAGGCGGAGAUGGCGGAGGGUGAGGGCGCGCUGAGUGGCGGUGUCGCUGGUGAAAAGCGCAGCGCCAACGACUUUGCGCUGUGGAAGUUCUCGAAGCCCGGUGAGCCGCGGUGGCCGUCGCCGUGGGGCGAUGGGCGGCCGGGGUGGCACAUCGAGUGCUCCGUCAUGGCGUCCGACAUCCUCGGCACCAACAUGGAUGUGCACAGCGGCGGCUGGGACCUCAAGUUCCCGCACCACGACAACGAGUGUGCGCAGAGUGAGGCGUGCAACAUGCAGCAUCAGUGGGUGAACUACUUCCUGCACUGCGGGCACCUGCACAUCAAGGGGCUGAAGAUGAGCAAGAGCCUCAAGAACUUCAUCAGUAUUCGGCAGGCGCUCGAUGAGCUCGGCGUGACGCCGCGUGCGAUGCGGCUGCUGUUCCUCGCCAACAACUGGGGGAAGCCCAUGAACUUCUCCGACCAGAGCAUCGAUGAAUCGAAAGAGCGUGAGCGUGUGCUGCGUGCCUUCUUUGGCAGCGUUGACAUCGUGCUGCGCAAGGAUGCGUGGGGUGAGACGCAGGGCUUCAACGCGCACGACCGUCGCCUCAACGAGACGUGGAUCGCCGUCGAGGACACCGUGCACCGCGCGCUGCAGAACAACUUCGACACCCCCACCGCGAUGGACGCCAUCAUGGAGCUGGUGAGCACGACAAACCAGUACCUGCUCACCGGCGAGCGGCCGAGCGCGACGCUGGUGCGCAAGGUCGGCCGCUACGUCACGCGCAUGAUGCAAGUCUUCGGGGUUGUGGAGGGGACCGACGCGAUCGGCUUCGCCAUGCAGCAGAGCGGCGACGGCGGCGACCGCCUCGUGACUGCCAUGGACGCGCUGCUGCGCUUCCGCGACGGUGUGCGUGACGCCGCCAAGGCCGAGAAGAGCACCGGUGUGUUCCUGCCGCUGUGCGACGCGGUGCGGGACGAGUGGCUCNUGGCUCGUGCCCGCCGGCAUCCGCAUCGAGGACAACCCCAACGGCCCCACCACGUGGAAGAGCGACGACACGGCGGUGCUGCAGCGCGAGAUGGCGGAGCGCAAGGCGCAGCAGCUCACCGAGCGGCGCAGGAAGCUGGAGAACCAGAUCGAGACGAAGCGGAAGCUGACGGAGAAGUGGCGGCAGUACACGCAGUCGCCGCAGUCGUACCUCAGCGCGCAGGACGCGGAGAAGAAGUUGUACGCCGAGUUCGACGCGGCGACGGGGCUGCCGUCACGCCUCGCGAGUGGGGAGGCGGUGAGCGAGAAGGAGCUGAAGAAGCUUGGCAAGGAGCUCGCAAAGUACACCAAGACAUACGACGAGUUCAUUGCGAAGGGCGGCGCGGCGUGGCUGGAGGAGCAGGAGAAGGAGCUGGCGGAGCUGCGGCGGGCACUCGAGAGCCUCUGAGGCACGCACGGCUUGUAGCGUUGCCAUCUCUCUUUCACUCGCUCCCUCGCUUGCUUCCUCCUCGUUCUCCCUUGGACCCCGAUCUGCUGCUGGUGGGGCUGGCUGCCCUCACUGCUCGGCCUUGA